AUGCGAAAUACAGUGGUUACGAGCGAUGAUUAUGCAUAUGGAAAACCACCUGCUGCUACUUCAUUUGUUCGUACCUUAUUAUGUGGUGCUCCCCCAUUUUCCGAUCCGAAAUGUCGUCCUUCCGGCAAACUUAAAUCAACACAAUUUUGCAAUUAUAUGCCAUUAGCGUCACGCUUCAAGGAAGAUAAAAUUGGAAUAUCAGCUGAAGAAUCUUCCGGAGUAGCAAAUAGUAUUCAUAAAAAUCAACCGUCUGUUUUGGUAAAAAUGUAUCAGGACGACUGUAGAGGAUACAGAAGCUCAGCAAAGCGUUACUUUUCGGGGACUGAACAAAAACGAAAUGAAUUUAUGGUUGAGAUUGAUCAUCGAUUAGCAACG